UCUCCAGCGUUGUCGGUUCCUGCAUUACAGACGACAUGGUUUCAGACCGGCAAGAACAAUGCGAUUGACAGAUCAUUCAUGUCAGGAAGCCUCGAGCACAAUAAUGAUUAGACAAGUAAAGGAGUCGACCAAAAACUGGGGAAUGCUACGUCGUAUACUGAUCUGAUGGAGGCGCUGGAUUUAUUGGCGCCAGGGCCGAGGCGGCGCUACAGCCACCCCAUCAAUGAAGGCCGUUGCAAGACAGGAAAGGGAUAUGGUAGGACCACUCUUUGGCCCAUCAGCUGUGGGCUCUCAGGAUCGUCAUUAUUGGCUUACACCGAUGUCCCUUGCUACUGCAACUUGCCAAACUUCGUUGUCGAUCUGUGUUAUUUUCUAUGAGCUUGUCUCGACGUUGGAAAAAGACACUUCACCUUCGGCUUGUGUCUUGAUAAGCCUUGCUUACUCCUCGGCCGGCGCUUCUUGGAUACAGAUUGAAGCGCGUAGGAAGACUGACGGGUAACUGGUCCAGAAAACUAGGACGCGCGUUCGCCGGGGAAAUGCUCUUAUCGAUCGAAUUUGUCGAAAAGUACACACCUAAUCAUUCAUGAAGGAACAUGAACAUGACUUGACAUAUUACAAUCCUCCUUCUAUCGCGUCAAUCCCCGCAGACAAGAUCAUGGGGGCAUGUAUACUCGAAUCAACGCAACACGAUCAAAAGUUCACCCUUCAAGAGUUAGGGAUCUCGUCGUGUGUCGGCGUGGAUGGAAAGCAGCAGUUCACCAUCCAAUUGGACCAAGACAAAAGCCCCGGUUCCAGAAGCUCUCGUGCCAUCCUCGACAGGUCCACUGGCCGAUGGUGUCUUUCACCGUCUGAGGCAACAAGUCAUCCUCUUGACACGUUCUCUACACGACUCUCCCUCACCGACCCAUCCUCGCGUUGGAUUGACCUCCUCCCCAAGAACGAGGACUGUGAGUGGUUUCUGAGCGGAGUGGACUGGAGCCUUACAGGUCUGGGGCCCUUAGAGACAUGGCCCGUCUCUCUUCGUACCGCUGUUAACCUAUUAUUGGCGGAGCCUGGCCCGGGGGUCAUCUACUGGGGCCCCUCGCUCUGUGCUUGUUUUAACGCCAGGGCGUACGAGGACAUCGCGACGAGGCUCAAGGCUCCAUACGACAUCCAAGGAAAGCCUUUCAAGGAGGUGUGGAAUGAGGUUUGGCCGGACCUCGAGGUGUUUCACGACGCGAUGCAAGAGUUGAAGCAGGGUAUGAAGAAUCUGAAUGUCGCAAUAUUUCCAGAACAGGAUGAUGGACGCAGGGAAGAAACGUUUUGGGAUGGAGCAGUUCUGCCAAUUCGGGGCGAAGACGGUAAAGUGGCAGGAUUCUACCACAGAGCGAUGGAAACGACGAUUGAAAGAGUCAAAGAAAGAAGAGCCAACACGCUCUAUGCGAUAUCCGCCUUCCCAGACCAUGUCAAAGACUCAGUCUGGCAACACGUGCUUCACGCCCUUGGGACGAACGAGCAAGACUUUCCCAUGGCCUUCGCUUACUCGGCCGAAGAUAGCGCUUCAUCUUGCAAUUUGACCUUGCAACAAUCGCUCGGGCUGCCAGAUGACGGCCAUCCACUCGUUCCACAGCAAGUCGACAUCUAUGACGGAUCCACGGGAUUUCCUUACUAUUAUCGCAAGGUAAAAGCUACUCACAGACCUCUCGUUCUUCAUCGCGCCGACGGAUCCCUCCCUGAGACACUUCUCGACGGUUUUGCGUGGCGUGGUUAUGGCGAGAGGCCGGUCAGUUUGGUCUUUGUUCCGGUGUCUGUUAGCAGUAGGCUACUUGGCAUAAUUGUCUUUGGCUGGAACCCACGAAGACAAUAUCGGCCGGAAGAUGACGCCUUCAUAAAAGCCCUCUGUCGACAAGUCUCAGCAACAAUAGCGUUUGCAAUUGAUUGGAACGAAACACGUCAAUGGGCCGAGAGGAUGACGAUGCAAUUAGCAGAUCGCGAUAAGCAGAUCCGAGAGAUCGCAGAACACGGACCGGUGGGCAUGGUCCGACUGACGCCUGCCGGGAACAUCGUAUGGGCCAACUCACAAUUCUAUGCCAUCACUGACCACCCGGUUGAAGAUCAAUAUGAAUACUCCUUUACGGACGUACUUCACCCUGAAGAUCGGGACGUCUGCAUGGGCUACUGGUCCGCGUUGGUGGAUCAGGGCCAAUCUGUUGAGCAAGAAUUCCGUCUGAACCGCAAGUGGCUCCCUCCACCUACUACAGGCAAUCCCAACCCGCAGGAAGAGCACUGCUGGAUUUUGUCGAAUGCCUUCCCGGUCAUGGAAAAUGGCGUGGUCCAGAGCGUGGUUGGGUGCAUCACCGACAUCAGUCGUACCAAAUGGGCAGAAGAGGUUCAAAGUCGCUUGGCAAUAGAAGCGACAGAGGCUCGGAGACUUCAGGAGGCUUUCAUCGACGUUGUCUCGCAUGAAAUGAGGAAUCCGCUCUCUGCAAUCACGCAACUCGCAGACGGGAUCGCCGCAUGCCUUGACGACUUCAAGCCCGACGUGGCCUCCAGAGACGAUGCCAUAAGCCUGCUUCGAGAAAAGGUGGAAAACGCGAAAACAAUAUUGCUCUGCGCGGCCCACCAGAAAAGAAUCAUUGAUGAUGUACUUACUCUGUCGAAACUUGACGCACAACUUCUGUCGAUCACGCCAGUUGUGGUGCAACCGCAUGUCGUCGUUGAUUCUGCACUCACAAUGUUCCGCGCCGAAUUUGAAAGGAAUGCUAUCACUGUCGACAACAUAGCGGAUGAGACGUAUUCAGACUUUGGAAUCGACUGGGUUACACUGGACCCGUCACGACUCAUGCAGAUAUUCAUCAACCUCCUCACAAAUGCCAUCAAAUUCACGAAACUAGAAGACAAGCGCAAGAUUACUGUCCGACGUUCGGCUUUUGAGAGUUAUCCUCCGCCGGAGCUAAAAGGCGUGCAAUGGUUUCCCAGCGACCAAGGUAGGACAGACAUCAUUUCUUCGCCAGAAUGGGGUGACGGUAAGCCCGUGUAUCUUCUGUUUUCAGUCACGGAUACUGGGAAGGGGAUGGAACAGGAGGAGAUGUCAAGAUUGUUCCACCGCUUUCAGCAAGGCACGGAGAAGACGCAUGUCAAAUAUGGCGGCUCGGGCCUCGGAUUGUUUGUUUCUCGUGAGUUGACGGAAAACAUGGGCGGCGAGAUUGGCGUCGUUUCUGCUCCCGGCAAAGGAAGUACAUUUGCCUUCUACGUCCGGGCGCGCAAAGCGGACGCUCCACAGGAGCUUACUCAAGUCAGUCAAUCUCAAUCACCCGCAGCCGCUUCCCCAUCGACUCCAAGACGUGCGUCGCUGUCGCUGUCAUCGGGGCGACAAAGGACGGCCUCCAUCAAAUCACCACCCCAGCAGCAACAGCAGCAGCAGGUGCACAGUGGUACCUCGUCGAUCAUGGAGACCGAACGCCCUCCCCGGCCUGUCCGUGUCCUCCUCGUCGAAGACAACACUAUCAAUGCGCAAGUCCUCACCAAACAGUUGGAGGGGGCCGGGUGUACAGUCUACACAGCGAACCAUGGUGCCGAAGCACUGGAUUUUCUCCCACGUCUCAAGGCGUGGGCCGGCCCCACGAAGGCCAGUUAUAUCCACCAUAGUCAAGAUACCAAGUCGACAAACCCAAGCUUCGACAUGGACAUCGAUUGCAUCUUGAUGGAUAUUGAAAUGCCCGUGCUUGACGGACUCAGCUGCACGCGCAGGAUCCGCGAGAUCGAACAGCAAGGUCUGCUUGGAACCAGUAGGAAGAUCCCGAUCAUUGCCAUCACCGCAAACGCCAGGGCCGGCCAGAUCGAUGCCGCAUUCGAGGCUGGCGUCGAUGCUGUACUGCCCAAACCGUUCCGUGCGGUCGAUGUCUUGUGGAAAAUGGAUGCGCUGGUUCAUCAUGCCGACGACGGCGACAGCGACAACAACGGACGACGAUGAUUGGAUAAAAAUGGACACACAACAAUGAUGUAUGAGGAUUUUUGGAUCGGGUCGUGUUAGGCGUUGAGGUGCUCAGCAGGGUCAUCGUCAUUGUUCUCAUCCACCUCCGCCUCGUGGGAUGAUGCGGUAUGGCGUUGAUAGCCAUUUGGCUUCUGGUUUGUUUGUUAGGGCAGGUUUCUUGUAUAUAACUGAAUGGAAGUCGGCCCACGUUGGUUGAGGGCCUCUGGCAAAGCGCUUUUUGGCUUCAACGACAACGCGUAUGAACACAGGUGCCAGACAAGACAAAGAGAAGAGGCGUCGGGGAUAUAUGGCAAGUAUUGGAUAUUGCAAGGUUACAAAUAGACUCUUCUGGUGGGAAUGAAAUCGGUGGCAACGUGUUGAGGCGCACCUCGGGCAGGAGUAUCAUCAUGAUGAUUGCCCGCUUUGAAUUUCACUUUCUUCUUCUUUUUCUUUUGUCAAUGUACUACACCUGGGGGAACUACAGGCGGAGAUAUUCGAUUCUUGGGGAUCAGUUAGUCUGUGCGGCCAUGCAUGGCAGGAAGAACGGCGGCGGUCUUUGAGCGCGCGGCAGGAAUUGUACCAUGGUAGGUACAUCAUGUAUUAUCACGAAUAUACCACUGUUUUAUCUUGUAGCAAUGGCGGCCAUAUCCUAAUCCAUUUUCACAACUGAU